AUGCAAGAAAAAGUUGACUUUCCUAAUAGAAAAGCAACACGAAAAUACACCUCGCAAGCAGGCGAUCUUGUGAUAGGGAGAAUAAUAAACAGAGCUGGAGACUAUUAUCGAGUUGAUAUCGGUGAUAGGUUUGAUGGGAUGCUGCAAUACUACGAUUUCGAAGGAGCAACCAAAAGAAAUAGGCCACAAAUUGAUAAUAACUCUUUAAUCUAUGCAAGAGUUCAAGAAUCAAAUCUCCAUAUGAACCCUGUUCUGACCUGCAAGUCAAAUUUCAAUAAAAAAACCUGGUCAUCUGGUGAAGCUCAAUUUGGGCCAAUUUUAGGUGGAUAUGUAAUGGAUGUGCCAAUCCCACUGUGCCAAAAACUGCUAAAAGAAGAGGGGAUCAGUAUUUUGCAAAGCUUGGGAAAUGCUAUUAAGUUUGAGAUAGUCAUUGGGUAUAAUGGGAAAAUAUGAAUUAACUCAGGAAAUUCUAAACACACAAUAUUGCUUGCAAAUGCUUUAAUGAGGGCUGAUACAAUGAGCCAUCAAGAGUUCAGAGAUUUAGUGGAGAGAAUAAGAAGGAUUUCAUAA